CAAACUACCAGAUCGUGUGGACACACCUAGAACUGUUAAAAACUUACCUGAAAUUUAACAAUACUAAAGAACGAACAACGUUACCGUCAAUAAGGAAUCACAAACAUUUGGAUAAAAAAACAUUAAAGACAUGGGAAUUUGUAACUUUUAAUAUACGUCCAUUCAUGAAGGGAAUAUUUCAAACAAUAGGAAAAAAUAUCAUGAGUAAUUGACGCUGCGACACCGAUCACUGAUAUCAAACACUAUUGGUAUCCCUAACAAUGAUAUGUGAUUCAUCGAUAGUCAUCCUCGAUCUUCACAAAGCUAAAAAGGAAAUGUUAAAAUGGUAGACAAAAGGAUAUGAUUACUAACAGAUUUAAACAAAUUAAAACCUACAGACAUAAUCAACAAUAAAACUAACAUCACUGAUGCAAUACUCGAUGUUCAAAAUGAGGGCUUGUUCCCGACGGAUGUGGCUGAAAUGUGGACUGACCAUAAUGCUGUUGGGUUUUGUCGGGUCGAUGACAAAGUUCUUCUGGAACGAGGAGACAUUUGAUACACAGUAUAUAAUUGGAACUAACAUUGAGGUAGCCCGAAGUACAAUGAAACUUGAAAAGUUAUCCAUCCCUGGAUAUGAUGACGAUACGGACGAAUAUUUCAAAUCUGUUAAAGAUACUAAUUAUAUACCGAUAAACUGCCCGAUAAAUAUCACAUUGUUUACAGUUUUCCAUGAGGGUCUGCGUGCAAAGGAAGUCCUUCAGAACAACACGCUUUUGAAUUGGAUGCAACUCCAGAGACAUUGUAUCAGACCAGUGUUCUACUCCAAUAACUCCGUGGGUAUUUUAGCAGGCAAGAAGUACCACGGGUGGCAACAUCAUCCCCUCUCCGCCAACAUGAUUGCGCGUAAUAAUGUUAUCUUGAGGGAGCUGUUCUCCGAGACGUUCAAAAGGCACAACAGUGACUUUUACAUGUUUGCAUACGCAGAUUUGUUAUUCCAUGGUGAUAGUUUGCUCAAAACACUCUCAGCAGUCAAGAAUUAUGUGCAAAAGGCAAAAUUGGAAUAUUUCAUCAUAUCAGGCUCAAGAUACGAAGUGCCAUUUUACAAUAGCCGGUACAAGAUUACGAAGAAAUUAAGAAUUGGAGAUGAUAUUGAAAUUGAAAAUAUACAACUUGAACGCAAGCCUCUUCACAUAAGUAAAAUUGAAUAUUUCAUCACAACUAAAGACAGUUUUCCAUGGGAUGUCGUCCCUGACUUAGUUGUUACAACUCUAGCCCCUGAUCCACUCCCGGCAUUCUGGUUCCCCAUGUACGCAAACAAGCUAGGCAUCGCAACAUUUGAUAUAUCACGUUCGAUAUCACCUUUAAGACAAGCAGGACUCAUGCCUAAUAUAAUGGACAGGGAACACAGAAUGGCUACGAAACUGAACACGUUUGUCUUUAUCAAAUCUUUUACGAAGUACUGCCUUUACAAGCCUGUUAUUCACUCCCAUGUAAUACCGCAAAUAUCCACCUUGAACUGUUUCAAAUUAAGAACUUUGCAGGGAAAAGAUGGGAGUAUAAACGUGGAAAAUUCCAUGACAUAUUCGGAUAAUGAGUGUAAAUAUAGGUACCCGAUAAUGAUACCAAUGUUAGAACGGGAUGAAAAUUUUUGGGAUAUAUUAUAAGCUAUUUAGAAGAUAUUAAAAGUGUAUAAUAUUUCAAGAUUUCCAAAUCUUAAUCGAUACAUUCAUUGAAUGUGAUUGCUUGCAAUUGAUAAUAAAUGCAUCAACACUUGUCGAUUCAUAAUUAGAAUCAAUUUAUUGUAUUGAAAUUAGAUACUAGAGAUAUACCAGUAUACAGGCCCGUAGCCAGGAUUUACCAGGGAGGGGAGGGGUUUUACCAAGGGGGGUUUGCCAAGUUUUUGCCAAGGGGGAGCUUUUUGACAGUUUUGGCAAAAAAAUCAUGCGAAAUGCGCUCAGAAUGGUGAAAAACUGCAUCAUUUUGAAAGAAUUUCUGGCCAGGGGGUGCAGCCUCUCCCUCCCCCUGGCUACGGGCCUGAGUAUAUGA